AUGACCUUAGUUUUUCUUUCUUUCUUUCCUUCUUUCUUUCUUUCUUUCUUUCCUUAUUUCUUUUCUUUGAUUCAUUCAUUUUCUUUCUUUCUUUUCAUUCACUCAUUUUUAUUUCCUUCUUUCUUUCUUUCUUUUUCUUUAUUAAUUUUUAUUUCAUACUUUCCUUCUUUAUUUCUUUUUAGUCAUUUCUUUUUAUUUGCUUCUUUCUUUUCAUUCAUUCAUUUCCAUUAUCUUCUUUCUUUCUUUCUUCCCAUUUAUUCAUCUUUCUUUCUUUCUUUCUUUCUUUCUUUCGUUCCAUCUUUCUCUCUUUCUUUUCAUUCAUUUAUUAUUUCUUUUUUCUCUCAUCCUUUUUUCUUUCAUUUUUCUUUCUUUCCUUCCUCCUUCCUUUUCUUUUCAUUCAUUCAUUCAUUCAUUAUUUCUUUCUUUCUUUCUUUCUUUCUUUCUUUUUGGUUUUCAAUUCCUUUAAAAAACCGAAAACCCAAUCCUCCUUUAUUUCCUUCUUUCAUUUCAUUCAUUCAUUUCCAUUACCUCUUUUCUUUCUUUCUUUCUUUCUUUCUUUCUUUCCUUCUCAUUUAUUCAUCUUUAUUUCCUUCUUUUUCGUUCUUUCUUUCUUUCUUUCUUUCUUUCUUUCUUUCUUUCGUUCGUUCCAUCUUUCUUUCUUUCAUUUUACUUUCUUUCUUUCUUUUCAUUCAUUUUUAUUUAUUUCUUUUUUCGUUCAUUUUUCUUUCCUUCUUUCUUCCUUUUUCUUUUCAUUCUUUCAUUUUUUUCUUUCUUUCUUUUUGGUUUCCAAUUCCUUUGCUUAAAUCCAAACAGUACCUAUGA